CUAAUGUAACUGCACGACAGAUAACAACUGUGCAUCAGUUAUGCAAGUUCACAUUGCACCAUUUCUUGCCUAAUUCUUGCUCCGAAGGGCAGCUUACUAAUUUACCAAAUAAGUGAUUUAUUUUAUUUUUUUUGCAUAACUUGCUCAGCUUCAGACAAAACAGGCAAGCUUGUUUUCUGAAGCUCUGCCACCACCACCAGCCACCGCAGAAUAACACAGGAGACUAGGAGUGUGUGGUCUGUGGGAAGACGGGUGCAGGAAAGAGACACUGGAAAUGAAGGUGGACUCACAGUCCCAUUCUUUUUGUGGGCUUUAUUGUUCCAAGAAUAAACAGCUUUCCUCUAUGCACAGACACAUGUGACACAGAGGGAGUGGGUGACUGAGGGAGUCAGUCUGUCUUGGAAAGAAAGCCCUUUGCCUGCACACCUCUGCGAUGUCUUUGGUGAGGUUCAAGGAGUUUGGGGAAGAGGAGGAAAACUCGGAGGCAGAGAACCUGGACAGCGUCAAGGCCUUGACAGCAAAGCUGAAGCUGCAGACCCGGCGCCCUUCCUACCUGGAGUGGAAGGCCCGAGUGCAAAGCCCCUCCUGGCGGAACGGGCUCAGGACCCUGCAGGAGAAGCAGAGCGGGGAGACGGCUGGGGAGGACUCUCAGGCCCCCGUCCCUUUGAAGACCAUUUGUGGGUUCCCCACCAUUGGUGAUGCCUUGGAGUGGCUCAAGAUGGAGUUGCGGGAGAUGCAGGCCUUGGAUCACCAGUUGGCACGGCAACUAAUGGGCCUGCGUACUCAGAUCCACCGGCUGAAGGUGGAACAGGCCUGUCACCAACACAAGGAGAUGUUGGACGAUGCCACCUUCGAGCUGGAGGGCUGUGAAGAGGACUCUGACCUGCUGUGUAACAUCCCACCCAAGAUGGCGUUCCUCUUGUCCACACCCCUCAAGCACAUUGGCGUCACACGCAUGAACAUCAAUUCUCGCCGUUUCUCUCUGUGCUGAAGGGCCUUGCUUGACCCCUCUUCUGAUUGCAUUUUUAAGGCCUGAAUCCUUCAGCAAGUGAUACACACACACAAACCCAUCAAUUGCCAGGGACUCACACAAAGCAACCUGGCAUAGGCUUUUGGUUAUGGGAUGGAGAGAGACAGUUUCCCAAAAGGCCAGAGACUCCCUGUCAGCAGGUGGUUCGGAGCAACUGCCAACGGCUUUGUAAAAUAAGGCCAUUUUGCUGCAGACAAAAAUGGAGUAUCCUCAGAUCCACCAGUCCUCACAACUGGGGAGGGGAGUGUUCCAGGAUAGGGCCUUCUGAGUUGUCCCAGUUCCCUGUCACAACUCUGGAACGCUCUUUUCAGGGAAGCCUGCCUGGCACCAGAUCUGACAUCCUUUCAGUUCUUUUGCAUUUCCUCAGGCGACUGAGAUAUUGCACUUAGAUGCACCACUGUUCUCCGGCUUUUAUUAUCUCUUCCUGUUGCUCCUGUUUUAUUCUGUAUCAUGUUAUUCUUAAUAUGUGUUAGUUAGCCACUCUGAAAGGCUGUUGCCUCAAGAGCAGGUUACAGACUUUAAAUAAACAGACAAAUAAAAUGUUUACUGGUCUCUUUGCAUAGCCUGAAUUUGUAUCUGUUGUACUUUGCCACCACGCUUCACCCACUCCACUGUUCCAGAUACAACUUUGUACAUUUUGUUUCAACAGCCCUGUGCCUGAACAACAUGUGUACUAUCUAACAUACAUUCCUUUACAGAUUAAAAAGCUGAGCAGAUAAUGAGCAAACAGGAAGGUGGGCAUCAGUCCCAACAGCAACAGAGCCUGCAAUUCUGAAUAGCUUUUUCAG